AUGGGUCUCGGAAAACUGCUCGACACGACCGCGGCGUUCAAGCAGGCCGGAAGCGAACUUCUAGGUUCAUCUGGGAAUGCCUCCUCGUCCAGCACCGCGUCGCUCUCGGACCAUGAUCCCCGUCCGCACAUCAACAUCAACACCAACACCAACGCCGAACAGCGCCCUCUGUUAGACGGCCGGGGACGGUCUUACGGGGGGACUCAGGGUGGCGACGAGGGGGCUGGUGGAAGAAGGUUGGUGUCGUCGAGGAGUCCGGAGGCGUAUAGGCGUAGAAAUGGGAGCGGGUCGUUGCCCAAGGUGGAUGAGGACGAGGAUGGAGAUGGAGAGGAUGGUGGGUUGGUGGACGUGGAUAAUGAAGAGUUUUUGGAGGAGAGAGGGUUGUAUGUCGGCUCGUACAAAAUGCUACUAUGGCAAUACACGCUCGUGCCGAUCUGCUCUCUCGGCCUGCUCGUCCUGCUCUCCUUCCUGCCUCGGCUGAUCUACCACACGCCCCUCCCGCACACCUCCUCCCUCCCGUCCUCCCUCCCCUUCCCCCUCCCAGAACUCCUCCUAUCAUCUGCACUCUGGUCCCUCUCCCACAUCCUCUCCACUCCCCUCUACACCCUCCUCUCCUACCUCCUCUCUCCCACCCUCCUCGGCCCACACCCCUCCCGAACGACCUUCUCCCCCCGCAUCCUCUUCUCCUUCCUCACACACCCCUCCACCCUCACAAUCCUCAACACCUCGCUCCUCGUCCUCCUCCGCACCUCCCUCCGCCUCGCGCCGCUCGCGAUUCUGGGUCUGAGACAUCAGAUGGAUCACGUCCUCCCGACGCCUCUCGAUCCUGUGUUUUGGAGGGUCUGGAUGGGCGCGAUCGGGUGGAGUGUGGUCGAGGUGGGGGUGGGCGUGUGGCAGGGGUGGGAAUGGGUGGGGGCGUAUAGGGAUGUGUUGGUGAAGAGGGAGGACGUGCCGGUGGUCGUUGAACGGCUGAAGAGGGAGGAGGGGAUUGUUGGGCCUGCUGGAGAGAACGGGAACGGGAACGGGGAGGGGAUGAGUGGAUCGUAUGUGGAGACUGACCUGGUUGGGGAACGGCAGGGAACAGGGAGGAGGCCGAAGCUGGGGACGAUGAGCAGACGGGUGAGCGAGGCGGAGAUUGAGUUGGAGGUGGAGAAAGACCUGGACGAGCUCGCGGCGUUGAAGACGAGGGAGGAACUCGAGGAGUUGUAUGGUUAUCCUGUCAUCCGCACACCCGUCUUCAUCCUCAUCCUCCUCCGUCUCGCCUCCAUCUUCCUCUCUCUCGGCUUCACCCUCCUCCUGUCCUCAACCUACCUCUCUUCCCCCAUAUCCCUCUCCUCCCGCACUCUCUCCACCCUCUCCACCCCCUCAACCUCAUCCGACCCUCCUCCUCCACACCUCCCGCACCCUUCCGCCCACCCCUAUCCCACCAACAGCACCUUUACCCUCAUCUUCUUCUCCGUCUUCACGAUGCAUCUCUGUCUCGCCCUCCUACACACGCACCUCGUCCUGCCCAGCGUGGGGGUGCAUGUGGUGGCUUAUGUGGGCUUGAUUGUGGGGUUGGGAGCUGUGUUCGGGGGGUUGGGGAUGUGGGGCGGGCUAGUCUGA